AUGAUUAAUCCGGACAAUCUUCAAGCUGGUCAAAUUCAACGAAAACUACAGUCGAAAAAUUUUAUUUUGAUCAAAAAUGAAAAAAAUAAUCACGGGCUUUGGAACGACGAUAUCUCGUUAGUCGGUCAAAUUAAUGCUGAAGGUGCUCAAGAAAUAUUCGACGGUUGGGUUGCGUGUAACCACUGCUUUACAGCUUAUCGGACUCAUUCAAAAACGACUACUGAACAAAAUCGUAAAAAUUAUGGUCUCAGACCGUUUCAUGAUCACCUCAAAGAAUGUAAAGCAAAACAGAACAAAGUUGUCAAUAACAUUCAAUCAUCAGUUUCAACCGCUUCUUCUUCGAAAACAAGUACUCAGCCGUCGAUUAGCCAAUUCGCCUACAACAAAAACCAAUUGAACGAAAAUCUGGCAGCUAAACUUAAAGAUGCAGAACUUAAAUUCGUCGUUGCCGGUUCACAUUCAUUCAAUACUUUAGAAAAUGGUGGUUUACUCGAUCUUCUUCAAGUAGGUAUCGAAAUUGGUGCUAAAAAUGGAUUGAUUAAUAUCAAAGACAUUUUUUAUGGUCGUAAAACUAUUCGUCAAGAAGCAAUUAAUAAAUUUGAAUUAUUUGUGUCAUCAAUUCGUUCUCUUCUCGAUGAACCCGUCAAACGACAUUGCGUAGCAGCAACUUCCGAUCUGUGGACAGACGACAUGGUCAAACGUACAUAUCUUGACUUUACGGUGUUCUGGACCGAUGAUAACUAUGGACUUCACCAUUGUCUGCUCCGUUGCAAACAUUUUGCUAAUGAAACGAAGACGACAAUUAACAUUUGGAGCGAAAUUGAACAGAUAUUUAAAGGUUUUGAUCUCUCUUUCGGCGACACACCUAUUGUAACUGAUCAGGGUGCUAAUAUGGUCGCCGCUUUCAAAUUAACCGAUGAAGCACGAUUUCCAUGUAUGGCCCACCGGUGCAACACAACAAUCGAAACCGCUUGGAAUCGACUUGAUACAAAAAAUACACAAUUUUCCACAUUUAAUACAGCUAUCAAAGAUAUCCGUAAAUAUGUUCAGCAAUCUGGUGGUAUCCAAGAAAAUUUGGAAAAGACAAUUAAGAAUACUAGUGUUACACGUCCAUGGCGCUCCUACUUCAAUGUUCAUGACUCUUUACAUACUUCUUACGAACAACUAUUGACUAUCCUUCGACAUCGUAAUGAACAACAUCGUCUUUAUCAAAUUGAUCCAGUCCUUCUGGGUGCUAUUGCUGAUCUUAUGAAAUCGUUUUCGUUAAUUUUCGACUCACUCGAAUUUGCUAAUGUACCAACAUUUCAGAACGUCGUUCCAAGUUAUUAUAUGAUAAAAAAUUAUGUACAACCAAACAAAAAUGAUCUAUUUAUCAUUGCGGAACUCAAAGUUGAAUUAUUAAACAGUUUGGAAGAGAAAUAUGCACCAUCAAUCACCGAACUUCAUUGGAUCGCUUCUUUCCUUGAUCCAUCGUUCAAAAAUUUCUCGUUUAUCGACGAUCUCGAAUAUUUGGAUAAAAAGAAAAAGACCGUACACAAAGGUAUUCAUAUUUUAGCCACAGAUUUAUUCGAUCAAUCAAAUUCGACAUUUAGUUCUAUUACUCAAGAUACUUCAACAUCGGCUGAUACACCAUCAUCGAAGCGAUUCAAACAAGAUCCUUUUGCUGACUUUCGUCAAAAAACCGCAUCGCCUUCUUCUGCUGUCUUUCCAACAAAACGUGCAUGGACAGUCGAACUUGAUCGUCAAAUACAAAUUUACGAAAACUUUCAACUUGAUUCUGAUUACAACAACAAUCCGCUUUCAUUCUGGAAAAAUCAAAAGGAUGCUAUUAACAUGCUUGCCAAUAUUGCCAAGUCACUCUUUGUUAUUCCUGCAUCAUCGGCCGAAAGUGAACGUCACUUCUCCAUCGCAGGACAGAUCGUAACAGAACAACGUAGUUUACUUGAUCCAGAUACAAUUGAAGCUCUGGUCGUUCUCAAAGAAGCAUAUAUCAACAACAUGUGGCCUGCGUCUGUUACUAGUUCGAAAAAAAUUGUUACUUUGGAUUAA